CGCGCGAAAAUCAAAUUCGGAGACCUGGCGGGAGAGCCUCCGACCGACCCGAGUCCAGCCUGCAGGUGAGGCCGCGUUGGGCGACGGCGGCGGCCCAGACACCUGUGGCCACUUCCCAGACAUCCCUGCCUGACGUGUCGAGGCCACCACGAAACGGGGAAUGGCCACCCCACCGAAGAGGAGCUGCCUAUCUCCUGUGACCAGCUCCGAGGGGACUCACAUCAAGAAAAUUUCCAUCGAAGGGAACAUCGCUGCAGGGAAGUCAACGUUUGUGAAUAUCCUUAAACAAGUCUGCGAGGAUUGGGAAGUGGUUCCUGAACCUAUUGCCAGAUGGUGCAAUGUUCAAAGUGUUCAAGAUGAAUUUCAGGAACUGACAACAUCUCAGAAAAGUGGUGGGAAUGUUCUUCAGAUGAUGUAUGAGAAACCUGAACGAUGGUCUUAUACCUUCCAGUCAUAUGCCUGCCUCAGCCGAAUACGAUCUCAGCUUGCCUCUCUCAAUGGCAAGCUCAAAGAUGCAGAGAAACCUGUAUUAUUUUUUGAAAGAUCUGUGUAUAGUGACAGGUAUAUUUUUGCAUCCAACUUGUAUGAAUCUGACUGCAUGAAUGAAACAGAGUGGACCAUUUAUCAAGACUGGCAUGACUGGUUGAAUAACCAGUUUGGCCAAAGCCUUGAACUGGAUGGAAUCAUUUAUCUUCGAGCCACUCCAGAGAAAUGCUUGAGUAGAAUAUAUUUACGGGGAAGAAACGAAGAACAAGGGAUUCCUCUUGAAUAUUUAGAGAAGCUUCACUCUAAGCAUGAAAGCUGGCUCCUGCAUAGAACACUGAAAACCAACUUUGAUUAUCUACAAGAGGUGCCUAUCUUAACACUGGAUGUUAAUGAAGACUUUAAAGACAAACAUGACAGUCUGGUUGAAAGGGUCAAAGAAUUUUUGAGUACUUUGUGAUCUUAUUGAAGCCUACAGGCAGCGAAAUGAUUCCAGUUACUUCAGCUUUGUGUAUCUGUAGUUCCAUAUUCAUUCAACUCCUUUUAGAAAAUCCAAGUUUUUAACUACUUUUGUUCCAAGAAAAAACUUUUUUGGAAAAUCCUAUACAAAAAUUUGUAACUAGUUUCUUCCUUCCUUCCUUCCUUUCUUUCUUUUUUUUUUCCUUUUCUUUUUUUCUUUUUUUGGUUUAAACAAAGACAUUUAAUUAUCUCAUUACAAAAGUGGAUGUAGAUGGUUCCACAAUCAGUGUAUAGGCUAAAUUAUAUCUUAAAGGACCCACCCUCCUUCUGUCUUUGCCCUCUGUUGUCCACUUCAGCAGCCUGCAUUUUUUUCCCUGUGGUGCUCCCCAUCUCACUGACGACCAGUUUCUUAACUGGAAACUUUAAUGUUACAUAGUAAAUGGUACUGUGGCCUGUGUAAAUUAGUACAAAAAGAUGAAAGUGGAUUUUAAGGAAUCUUCUAGAAAAAGGAUUCAAGUUUUAUUUUAAGUACUUUUGGUCAAGUACCACCCUUUCUACCUUAAUUAUGUGGCCAAUAAGACCAGGUUUAGUAUUUAAUCACUUCACUGAUAUUUAUUAGUGUGUUUUUGUAACAUAUUUCUAGAGGAGCAGGUUAGUCUUUGUUUCCAGUUUAUAAUGACAUAACCUAUCUUAUAAGUCAUUUAGUCCUUUUCCUGCCUUUUUUUCUACAUCUGUGCUAGGCUUCAUCUUUUUGCAUGUGAUUUUAGAUGAUUAAAGAGGAAAUGUUUCUGUAUUUAAAAGGUAACUGAAAGUUAUUACAUGAGUAAAAGAUUUAUAUGGAGCUUAAAAUAGCUAUCUGCUUUCUCCCUUCUCAGACCAUUUUUUUAGAAUGGAAUGUUACUAUUAUAGUUAAGAGAUUGAUUUAAACUAUAAUUGUCUUUAAAUCAUUUGAGGUAGCUGUAAAGUUUUCCUACAUUUCUUAUAUUUAUAGGUAAAAUGUUAGUGGAACAGAGUGAGGGAUAAGUUUUGCCAUUUUAUUCUUUAUUGACUCUGCACUGGGAGUGCACUUCAUUACCUUUAUACUUCAUGAGAAGUCAAAAGAGAUCCUGAAGAAAAGAUAAAUGAUCUUAACAGUUUAGUCUGUUUAGUCCCAGCUGUUGUUUCUUACCUCAUCCUGCUUUCUCCACUGUCUGGAUUGCUUAGGCAGCCUGCUGUUUUAUACUUACACAUUUCUACUUGGAGAACAUCAUGAUUAUUCUUCACUUCAUAGUUUGCUUCGCUUUUCUGUAGAGUUAUACCUUAAGUUUUAUUUUCCUCCUUUAAGAGAAAUUACUGAUAAAAAUGAUUCUGCUUUAUAUGUUAUGUAUCUUCAAAACAUCAUUUUUUGUCUAUAAGGAAAUAUAAAUAAAGAAGACAAAAGGGUAGUUAUAAUUUUUAAAAAUCUGCAUGGAUUGAUUUUAGUUCUGUAUAUAAUUAAAGAUUCUUUUCAAGUUUACUUAGUUAAGAUGUGAAGUAUUUUUUCUAGGUACUUACCCUUUCUACUUGAUAUUUUAGAAAAAUUUUUUGUUUUUAAAAUGAGGAGAGAGUCAUUUUUACUUUGAAGCUAUCAUUUUCCUUUUUAAAAUGUCAUCUUUUGUUUUGGGUUUCAUGAUAUUCAAAGAUGAUUAUUUAGUGGGUUGAACAGUCUGGAUGCCCCGAUCUUUGAAAGGGAAUCUGCAUUUCAAAUCUAUAAUCACACACACACACACACAAAAUCUAUAAUCACCAUGAAUAUUUAAACUAUUUCAUGAUGUAUGGGUUUUUGUUUUGAUUUGAUAUGCAUCAGUUUGUUUACUAAACUAAAUAUUUGCUUAAUAACUAAGCAUAAAUCUCAUGAACUAUAAUGUUGCUAUAUUCAUUGAAAUGAUUAUCUUUUUAGAAUAAAAUUUAUUUUUGGAGAAAAAUAAUGAAUAUAAAAAAGGGACAGUAGUUUAUAAAAUUACACUGAUUCUAAGUGGAGAUAUAAUUCAGAGAUUUUCAGUAACCUUAAAAAUGUUUAAUGAUUUUUUAAAUCUGUAGAAUUGAAAAGAAGCUUACCAUUAGAUAGACACAAGAGUAUUGAGCCUAGUGGUCUGUCUGCAUUAUCUCUUAGAUCCUGUUUCCUUUAUUGGAUCAUCUUCCAUCAGGGUAUAUGUACUGCUUUUUAUAGUUUGCUCUUCUAAGUUAAUUGUAUAAGACUUAUUCCCUCAUUCAGAAUUUCUCAUCUUCUAUGCUUGAAACUUAGAGGAGUGUAUAUACUGAGCCCACUAGAAAUUAAGUCUCAUAUUUUAUAGGACACGGAGUUCCAAAGUGUUUUUUACAUAGAGACGUAAAUCUCAUUACCUCCAGAAAAAUGCUAAGUUGCUUCAAGUGUUUACAAAUCUUAAUAAAUAAUAGCUUUCCACACUUGACAAAUUUUUAUCUCUUUUUUAAAAAUUUUAAAUUUUGAAAUAAUUUUUGAGUCCUUAAAAGUUGCAAAAUAGAAUUUGUGCAUAUUCAUCACCCAGUUUCCCCAAUAACGUUUUGCUUAACCAUAGUAUAUUAGCAAGACUUUGGCAUACUGCUAUUAACUAAAUUACAGGCCUUGUUUGGAUUUUAUCAGUCUUAUCUUUUUUUAAAAAAACUUUUUUCAAAUAGACUUUAUUUUUUAGAGCAGUUUUAAGUUUGCAGCAAAAUUGAGGGGAGAGUAGAGUUUUCAUAUAGUCUCUGCCCCUGCUGCUCUUGCACAGCCUUCCUCACUAUCAGUAUUCCUCAUACUAUUUGUUACAUUCAAUGAACCUAUAUUGAUAAAUCGUUUUCACUCGAAGUCCGUAAUUUACAUUAGGGUUUAUUCACUGUUGUACAUUCUAUGGGUUUUGAUAAAUGAAUAAUCACAUGUAUCCACCAUUGUAGCACCAUAUGAAAUAGUUUGACUGCCCUAAAAGUCCUCUGUAUGCUUUGUCCGUCUCCUCUACCCAAAUAUAUGGCAACCACUAAUCUUUUUAUUGUCUCCAUAGUUGUUUUGCCUUUUUUAGAAUGUCAUAUAGUUGGAAUCAUUCAGUAUAUAGAUUGACAUUUUUCACUUAAUAAUUUGCAUUUAGUUUCCUCCCUGUCCUUUCAUGACUUUAUAACUCAUUACUUUUUAGUGCCAAAUAAUAUUCCAUUGUCUGAAUAUACCACAGUUUAUCUACUUACCUACUGAAGAACAUGUUGGGUGCUUCCAAGUUUUGGCAAAUGUGAAUAAAGCUGCUAUAUACAUCUUUGUGCAAA